AUGAUUCAAUCCAAAUGCAUAAUCCAUCUUCUCCUCCUGCACUUGUUCCUCUUGAGACUACACGGCAAAGAGUGGUGCAAAGCAAAAUUUGAAUAUGGGAAAUCUGAUUAUGCAGAGUGCAUAAACGAAAAUGAUAGUAUUGCCAAGUACAUGAUUGAGACCACACCUGUGAUAUCAAGUGGACUUGAUCUAUACAGUAAUGUUUCUAUAAUUCUUUCAAAUGGAUAUGGGUUAAAAACAAAAGAAAUAAUUAUUGGAAAUGAAAACGAAGGAUUGUUAAGUAAAAUAUUUUCAGUCAAAACAGACAUUGGGAAUCCUGAACAUGUACAUGUAAAACUGAAUUCACAAAAUAAGAAAUGGAAAUGUAAAAAAAUAACAGUAUGGAAAGAUUUCAAAUUUUGGAAUUUUGACUGUAUCGGAUCAUUAGAUGAUAAUCAGCAAGAAGCUACAUACUACUUAUCAGGAAAUAAAUUAUAUACAGCUUAUGUUCAAACUGGAAAAGAUAUGGAAGCAGGUACUACAGGUACUAUAGAAAUAAUACUACUAGGUAGCAAUAAAAGAAGCAAUACAAAAGUGUUACACGAAGGAUUUAACGCAGGUGGACUAAAAAAAAUAAAAUUUCAAGCAUCAGAUGUAGGGAAUUUAGAGGAUAUCAUUUUAACCAAUAAUGCGAACAAUGACCCAUGGUACUGUGAUUUUGUUAAAAUAAAAACUGAUAACAAAAUAUAUGUGUUCAAUGUAAAAAGCUGGAUUGGUCAUCCAUAUGAUAGCAAUGUGAAAGUAAAUAUAAAAAGCGAUAAUAUUGAUGGAAAUGCAAAAGAUAUAGAUUGUCAUAUCCGAGGGAAUGAUUUAAUAAAUACUAACAACUUACCAAAAUUAUUAGAAAGUAAGGUACAGAUAUUUAAAGUGAGAUGCCCUCAGAAUUGUCAGAGUUCAGAAUUUGCAUCUAUAGAAGGUUCUUCUAUCCAUCCAUCUUCUAGUUCUAUAUGUGCAUCUGCUAUUCAUGAUGGAUCCUUAACUCCAAGUGGAGGGGAAGUUAUAGUCACAGUAGCAAAAGAUAUGAAACAUUAUUAUGCACUGGAUGAAAAAUAUAAUGAGUUAUCUGCCAUUGAUUUUAGUACCAAAGCAGAUGAAAAGAAUUUUUCUUUUUAUACAUAUCAUUUAGAUUCAAUAGAUGAUAUAAAGAGUAAUGUUAGGAUAGUCGACUCUUUUGGAAAAUUAUCCUCACUAGGUAGACUAGAAAUAAGAAUAAAGAAUAAAUGGGGAACGGUUUGUAAAAAAGGACCUAAUUAUACAUUCAAUGAUGAUACAGCAAAAAGAGCAUGUAAAGAUUUAGGUUUUCCUAACGGAAUAUGUAUUAAAGAAAAUUGUGCUAACAUAAAUGGACAACAUUACUGUGCAGGUUAUGGAUAUCCUUUUAGUGCUGCUGGUAUGUUAUGUUCAGGAAAUGAAAAAAAUUUACUUAAAUGUAAUGGAGAUGAUUCUUCCCAUUGUGUAGAUCAUCAUGAUGAUGUCAUUGUUCAAUGUUUACAUUAUUCAAGCAAUGACUUAGUUCAUGAUGGUACUAUAAGACUUAUUGAUAUAACUGGUGCACCAUCUAAUAAUGGAGUAGGAAGAUUACAAAUAUAUUAUAAUGGAUCAUAUGGUUCAGUUUGCUCAGAAGGAUGGACAAAGGAAUCAGAAAAAAUUGCUUGUCAAGAAUUAGGUUAUACAGGGCUAAAAGGAAAUGGUUUUUCUACUCACUUAUGCUCAAGCAUAUCUGGUGAGAAUUUGUGUGGAAAUGAUACUGAAAAGAUUAAUGCAAUAAAUUUUAAGUGCAAAGGAGAUGAAAAGUUUUUAAAAAAUUGUCCUCAUGAAACACAUGAAGAUAUUUAUUGUUCUCAUGAAGAAGAUAUUGUUAUUGGUUGCUCAGGAGAAGGAGGAGAUUCCUCUGGAUUUGGAAUCGCACGACAAAGGAAAAACCAAAUGACUUUAGAGAAGAAAAAUUUCCCUCCUAAAAUUGAAUUAACAUGUUUUGAUAAAAUAGUGUCAAAAGCAGAUCUAAGUAAUGCAAAUGUAGGAGAUGUUUUUUUAGUUACUUGUCCUGAAAAAUGUGAUGAAGAAAUAGGAGUAGUAAAAGGUACAUUUUUAUAUACCUUUGAUUCUCAUAUAUGUAAAGCAGCAAUCCAUGCUGGGGUAAUAUCUAACAAUGUAGCAGAGGAUCUUGUUCUUAUCAUUGGACAUAUGCAUAAAAAUUUUAUAAGAACAAAAAGAAAUAAUAUUGAAUCUCAUGAAUUUAAUGGUAUUUCUAAAAGUUUUAGUCUUAGUAUACCAACAACAUAUCUCUUAAGGGAAGAAAGAAGAAGCAAUGCAAAAUUAGAUGAAGAUGAUCUAUUAAAAAAGGAAGAAGAUUUUUCUUAUCAGCAUAUAUUUGAUAAACAAUCUAAAAAUUUAGUAACAUCUAUAUCUGUUCAACCUACAUUUCAGUGGAUUGCACCCACAGGUUUUCUUGGAUUUAAUGGAAAAGAAAAUGAUUUUAUAAAUUGUAAUAAUUUACCUAAUGAAAAAUAUAUUAAAAGUUUAUCUAAUUUUUCUUUUAUCAUUUACUUCACACUUAGUGGAGGAGAAGGUACAUGGAGAACACUUUUAUCUCACAGUUUAUGUGAAGGAAUUUCUAUCUCCAUUGAUGAACAAAAUGAGUUAGUAGUCGAACAGAAUUGUAACCCACAUUUGAUCAAGACUAAAUUUAUACCUAAAUUUGGACAUACAUAUCACUUAGCUGUUAUAUAUAACAAGACAACUAAAACUAUAGCUUUAUAUAUCAACGCGAAACAAGCUAUUCUUGAGAAAGACAAAUAUAAUUUUACACUUAAUGGUAAUAUUACCAUUGGAAGGUCUAACCAAUCCGCAUCGGAUUACUUCAUUGGGAAUAUUCAUCUAAUUGAAGUAUACAAAUAUGUCCUAUCAGAGGAUGAAAUUAAAGAGUCUUUAAGUUCUGUUUUGUCAUUAGAUUAUGUACAUAUAAAUACAGAAGACAACAUAGGGAGAAGAAUGAAAAAAAAAAAUAAUAAUAAUAAUAAAGGACUAAGGAAAACAGUAGAUGGAAGAGAAUGUAUCACACCAUGUAAAUCCAAAAGUGUCAUAAAUAAAGAUGUACAAGUAAAUGUAGAAAAAAUUAAUUUAAAAUGUGAAAAUGAUUUAAUAUCUGAACAAUUCAAUGGGAAAAUAGGAUCUCAGUUCUUAGUUAACUGUGUAGAUAAUUGUAUUAAAUCAAAAUAUAUAAUAAAAGGAAGUAACAACUACUAUACUCCAGAUUCAUCUAUAUGUAAAGCAGCAAUACAUGCAGGGGUAUAUAUACCGAACAAGAAAAAUAAUCUAAAUGGACCAUUUAUUAUCAGAAUUGUUGAAGGAUUAUUAGAAUAUAAAACAUCUAGAGGACAUUUUGGAAUUGUUAGUAAAUCAGAAAAACAAUCACAAUUAAGAUCCUUUUCAUUAUUUUCAGAAAUUGAAGAUAAUAUAUUUACUUGUUCAACAAAUGCUCAAUUUUUACUAAAUUUAUCUGUUGGUGAGACAAGAUUAAUUAUUUGUCCAUCCGACUGUGAUACCACUAGUGAUAAAGUAUUUGGUACAAAUGUAUAUAGCCCUUUAUCUUCUCUUUGUAAAGCAGCUAUACACUCGGGUAUUUUAACAAAUAAAGGUGGUCAGGUACAUAUUAUUGUCGGAUCCAGUCAGACAGAAUUUAAAGGAUCCAAGCAAAAUAACAUUGAAUCCUAUCCAUCUGAAAAGCAAAAUCGUUCUUUCACUUUUUCCAAGAACAUUGAGUAA